GGAAUGGUCCAUCAUGAGCAAUGUUCGGGGUAGAAUGAAAAGACUGGACUACUUUCAUAGAUACAAAGUACAGUUUGCCAAGGCUGACCCCGGAAUUCCCCCCAUCGACUGCAAAAGUUUGAUAGCGUCCGUUUUCUAAACAUCUUUCUUUCUUGACAACGUAGACAAUGGCGUUUUAUGAUCUACUACGCCGAAGAGGGAAGAAUCGGCACCGACCGUUGCCUAUAUUUUAUCCCGUAUGGUCAAAAGUUGCCCAAGUUGUAACGUGCAAGUAUACUUCGCCGUGCGGAAAGCUUUGACGUCAGUAUCAAGGAGCUUGAACAGUGGUACUUUUUAUUAUACGGACCACAAUGAACAUCAAUGUCAAUUGCAACCACAGGGGCAUCAAUAGAUCGUUCAGCCUUUGAACGUAUAGUCGACUGAACAUCUUUAGUAGGCCGACUUCGGUCGGCCGACAGGAAAAGUGUGGAGUUGCCCAUCUUUCGCCAGUGGGGCGCGAUCGCUCAAUGCGACAGCACGGCAAAUGUUAUUCUCUCGCCGUGAGCUGGUUCCGAGCCCCUCCUUUUGCGCGGCCCUGAGUUUUUGUCUCCUUCUCUCUUCUUCUCUUCUCCAAGCUCAGACUUGGAAAUCAUCUGUCAAUCACACACUCAAUCAUGGCUCCUCAACUGCACCAGCGACCCCCCUUCCGUGCUGAGCACUUGGGCUCGCUCCUCCGUCCUCAGGGACUUCUGGAUAAGAAGAUUGCCUCGGAGAAGGGCGAAGUCUCCCAGGCCGAGCUGGAGAAGGUGGAAGAUCAGGAGAUCAAGGAUAUUCUCGCCACCCAGCUGAAGCUUGGCUACCGCGGUGCUUCCGACGGCGAGUACCGCCGCCACAUGUUUUGGGGAACCUUCUUCCCGGGCCUGGACGGCUUCGAGGAGGUCACCGAGUUCGAGACCGACAUCUUCCGUCCCUAUGCCCCCGAUAUUGCCGCUUUCCUGGAAGCCGGCCACAAGCCCGGCGAGACCGUGCUUUGCACCGGUAAGAUCAAGCACGUUGGCAGCACCUACGUUGAUCAAUUCAAGUACCUCGCCAGCCUAGCUCCCCAGGACGAGGUCAAGAACCUGAAGAUCACCCUGGCCGCUCCCAACUGGUACCACCUGCGCUACCGUGAGGGCAAGGCUUACCCCAAGGAUGUUUAUGCCAACGACGAGGAGUAUUUUGGUGAUAUCGCCAAGGCCUACCAGGCCGAGCUGAAGAUUCUGUACGAUGCCGGCUGCCGCAACGUGCAGUUCGACGACCCUAACCUGGCUUAUUUCUGCUCCGAGAAGUUCCUGAACGGCUUCAAGGAGGACUCCCUGAAUGUCUACACCGCCGACGAUAUGUUCCAGAAGUAUAUCAAGCAGUACAAUGACUGCUUCAUCGGUCUGCCCGAAGACAUGCACGUCGGUGUUCACCUGUGCCGCGGCAACUUCGUCGGCAGCCGCCACUUCUCCGAGGGUGGAUACGAUCGCAUUGCCAUCAAGUUGUUCCAGGAACUCAACGUGCACACCUACUACCUCGAGUACGACACCGAGCGCGCCGGCGGCUUCGAGCCCCUCAAGCACCUUCCCCCGCACAAGAACGUCAUCCUCGGCGUUGUGACCAGCAAGUUCGCCACCAUGGAGGACAAGGAGGAGAUGAAGAAGCGCGUCAUCGAUGCAGCCAAGUUUAUCGCCGAGGGUAACAACACUUCCCUCGAGGUUGCCCUUAACCAGCCUUAAGUGUUGGAAUGUGGAAAUGUGAAUGGAAAAAGGAAAUGAACUUCAACGGAUACCCCUUUGUAUAUUUUGUCUUUCGCCAUUAGGCGCUAUUCCCUGGUUGGUUUUUCAACAAAUACCACCAGGGUCUGGAUUUUUAUGUUAUCUUUUUGUACAGCGCUGGUAGGAUUUGCAUCGGAUGGAUGUCAUGAUUCUUACCUCUUGAAAAUAUGAUACUUGAAUAUGAUCAAUAAGUACUGAAUUUGCC